AUGUCGACAGUAAAAGAAAUUUGUGCUCCACCGGACUCUUUUCACUUAGAGGACAUAGAAAGUGGUAUGAUUCGCGCUGGCUUGACCUCUGAAAGUUCUAACAUGUCAUCAUUACAAAGGUCCCAUAUGACAGGAAAUACGCAAUUUAAUGCUAAACAGGCACAAGUUGUUUGUGAUCAUAAAAGGAAAAUAAGGGAUAUAUUUGUCGGAUACCCAGUCGAGUGUUUCGGACAUCACCAUUAUUUGGAACACUUCAAGAAAAUGUGGAAACCACUUUAUUAUUGCAGACAGUGGUUACCCGUAUAUGCCUUCCACGUAAAUCUUCUCCUGGAGAAGAGACUCGUGCUCGCUUUAAUGCCCUCCCAAGACGUCCAUUCGAUAUCUGAAAGGUUUGCAGAAACAGCUGCAGAGUCUGCUGAAAGCUUCUCACCAGCCAAAUCUAACUCGCGUACACCAUGCCUGAAUUUAAAGUUCCUUAGCCAGCCGUUACUAGCCUUAAAAGAUGAAUAA